AGCGCUGCAGCGCAUCAUUUCCUCGCUACCAGCGAGGGGAUCGCAACUAGGUAAUUAUUGACUCUGUUUCUUUCUGACGCUCGUUGUCUGCCCGUGCUCUGGUCGAACAUCGGGCGACCGGGAGCGCGGAACUGUGCCUCCUGCUGUCGCUUGACCGAUCUUACUUCCUCGCGUCGGCACCAUGGGGAAACGAGACACGCGGUACGCGUUCAUGAACCCAAUCGCGAUGGCGCGCCUCCGCGGGCCGUCCGGCGCCAGCGGCCCGACCAUCAAGGACUACCUGAGCCGCAACCGGCCCACCUGGGAAGAGGUGAAGCAGAUCAUCGAGAAGAAGAAGCAGGGGUCCAGCACGCUGGCCGCCUGGGAGGACCAUCUGAACAGCAAGUUCGAGGAGGAACUGCGCAAGAACCGCGAGCGCAUCAUGGCGGAGCGUGCUGCCGCCUCGACGUCGGGUACGGCGACUGCCGAUGCCUCGUCGUCCAAGAGCAAGAAGCGACGUCGCAGGUCGUCCUCGUCGUCCUCUUCCUCCUCGUCGUCGUCGACGUCGAGCAGCAGCUCGUCCCUGACCUCUUGGUCGAGCGCGUCGGAAGGCGGUCGCCACGACUCCGAGCAUCGCAAGCGAAAGAAGCGGCGGCACAAGCACAGGAGCAAGAAUCGCUCCAAGUCCUCCAACAAGGAACCGACGACGUCGGAGGCGCGGAGCACCGACCGGGACCACUCGAAGAAGAAGAAAAAAAAGACCAAAAAGAAGCACAAACGGCACAAGAAGGAGAAAGCCGAGUGAUUAAAAAAAGUUGUGGUGCAAUGAUUUUCCGGUGACGGACUCAAAAUGACACGUGAGGGCGACUUGUGACCGUCAAACCUCCCGAGUGUUUUCGUUCCUUGUGCUGGAAAAUGUCUCGGGGGAAAAAACGGACGCGGCAACAGCCUUUGUGGUAUCGUGUUGCCUGACACAUUGGGUGCGCCAUAAAACGCGUGACUUAUGUUGCCACGACAGCGAGGACGAUGUGAUCGCACAGUCGUCUUGAUUGCGCCGUGCGUCAGGCGUGCACUGAUGACAUCUAUCACACCCGCACAGCUGCACCUAUGCCACGGUGAAUUCUAAAGAGACGUCAACCGUCUCGAGGUGCUCAUUAGACGGGGUUUUCAAAAGCUCGAGCGGCCCCCGCAGUUCGUGAACGCUUUCGCGCCUGAAUGAAUAACGUCAAACGGUGCCGAAAUUACCGAUAAGCUCGGGGAGUCCGCCGACCCUGCAAAAUUGCGCACUGUGGCGGUGUACCGCUACAGAGAACCCGUUGAGGCGUCAAAGAUUAUUUUGUUAGCCGGUGCGCCAGGAGUUGUUGCAACCUGGCUUUUAAAACACAAUCAACCACGCUGAGUUUUACCUGUCCAUCUGGUUCACAAGUAAAGCAAAAGUUGGCCUGGAAACCAUGGCUUUGCCCCCAGAAACAUUGCUUUCUAUGUCUUUUCGUUGACUGUCUAGGCCGAAGACGACGUCAGGUUGCUGUGGGUGCCUUUCUCCUUCAUUUUUCUUUUCCAUGAGUAUUGUCUUCUUGAAUGUACAGGCCUUGUCUUAAGUACAGUGGCACCCUCUCUUAACAAGGCCCUGCAGUAUGCCUAAGAAUGCUUGCUGGGCAGCAUCACUAGCAUCAUAAUGUGAUUUCAAACAACAUAUGUGAUGUUGAUCUGAGGCACUAUGAACAUUGAAUGAAAGUGUAAUGUACGACUUGCGUUCACACAAUAUUGCGAGUACUGCAUAAAAAUGUAUGUUUCGUUCUACAGA